AUGCCCCUAUAUUUCGUGGACGGUCAAUUCAUGACCAGCCAUCACGCCAGAGAUGCGAGGGAAGCACGUUCUGACGACAGAGCCGCGACUAUCAUUGACCUAGAGGAACGCUCACCUUCAGAUCCGCAUCGUCCUCCGGCGGCCGCCUUGCAUUCAUCGCAAGGUUCUUACGCGAUCGACGUCUCCUCGGACGAACACCAGUCCAAGAGACGUAAGAUCGAGCGCGCCUGUGACUUUUGUCGCAGGAGGAAGACAAAAUGCGAUGGUCCCAAAAUGCUCGACAACGUCUGCACCAACUGUUUGCAGACGGGUCGUCAGUGCACUUACAUUGAGAGUUCGAAGCCCAGAGGCCCGCCCAAGGCGUAUGUAACAGCACUAGAGGAUCGCGUGGAGAAGAUGGAGGCGUUGUUGAAAAGGCUUCGACCCGAGGCAGACUUCACCGUCGAACUUGGGCCGCCAGUGGUCCGUGACUCUUGGAAGAGUCGAUCCUUGCUUCCCUUUGCUACCACUGUCCCUCCUCCCGGCUCUGCAUUCAAAUCGUUACGUCACGGCACGUUUGGAGUUGGUUCCCCAUCUAUUUCGAAACCUAAACGCUCUCGGCGACAAAAGGAUACCCCUAUACCAGCCACCACAUCGACGGAAUCUUUACACAACGCCGACCAGUCUUCUUCUGACUCUUCGGUGUCUGGCUCUGACAACGAGGACUCCGCUGUUGAGCUCAGCCUGGUACAGGGGAUGACGCAUCUGACUUUGCGCGGUCUACGUCCUGCUCACCUGCCCACCAAGCACGCCACCGACGGGCAGUGGAGGUUCCACGGCAAAAGCAGCUCAUUCAAGCUUAUCAACACAGCACGAGAACUCAAACAGCGGCAUAUUGAUGCGGCAACAGGAGCCGACUCUCCCGAUUCUUCCUCUACUAGUACAUCGUAUGUCGCGCAUGCGCCUAGGAGACAACCGUAUUGGUCCUCGCUUCCGUGGGAGAUUUCGUUCGAGGGCCUGGAUCGAUCCACGACCACGCCUUCUUUUGUGAUGGCGAAAUUCCCACCACUGGACCUGGCGGAUAGUUUGAUUGACCUCUACUUCAAGCGCAAUAACAGCUUGUUCCCGCUUCUUCAUAGGCCCACCUUCGACACACAAUGGCGGGAUAAGUUGUACGAAAGCGACCUGUGGUUUGCCUGCGUCUGUAUGGCCAUGUUCGCUGUCGCGAGCCGAUGGUGCGCCGACCCGAGGGUACUCCCUGACGAAGUGAUGCAUCAUUCCCUAGAAGAGUCAGAUGAUGGGGUGUGGGCACUAGCGGGGUGGAAAUACGUAGACGUGGCGUUGGUCGCUCAUGCCGAGUCGUGGACUCUUAUAAGCAUCGGGCUCCGCAAAGCGCAAGAUGUCGGCGCACAUCGCCGGAAAGUCUAUGGACGGAAGCCGACAGUAGAAGAGGAACUGUGGAAGCGGACAAUAUGGCAUUUGAUUGCCAUAGACCGGCUCGGAAAGGUCGACGACGAGUAUUGGGAGAACGAGGACGAACAGCUCGCUUUUCAACAACCUCCUGGCAAGCCUGCCGUAAUUUCGGCGUUCGUGUGCUGGGCCAAGUUGAGCCGGAUCGCAGCGUUUGCCUUGAGGACUUUGUACGCUAUAGGUAGAUCAAAGCAACCUUUAGGACUAGUUGGCCCCCGUUGGCGAGAGGACACGGUUGCACAACUCAAUUCCGCAAUGCUCCACUGGAUUGAGAGCUUGCCGCAGCAUCGGGACAAGCCUGACAUCUCCACUACGGCACUGUCAAUAUGCGCGAGCGCUGCCAAAGCGGGUACACUAAUCCUGGAGGUCCUGCUUCAACGCGGGCACUCACGGCAUACUGUGCUAGUCCAUUACGCAUUCCUGUAUGCCGGUGUCAUGCUCGUCAGUCUUUGGACGCAGAUCGCUAAAGAGGCUGCGCAUUGGAAGCGAUCGGUCCAGGAGGAUGAGGACGAUAAGCCAAAACCACAUGGAAAACAGAUAGACGAACUCCUGAAGGUUGUAGCCAUGCUUGACAGCAUGAGACCUAGAUGGGAAUUGGCUAGGGAAGCUUGCGACUGUGUUUUGGAUGCCUUUCCAACCUUUAUCCUGUCAGAGGAACAAAGACCAGCGGCAUCUCAUCGUCUAAACGCAAGGGAAGAAACCCUGCAUGAGGCGGAGCGACAAAGGACACACGUUAAUGUACCGGCUCCCGCUCCGCGGUUCUACUACCCGUCAUCUGGUCCGAGUCGUCAGCCUGAUCUACUGUAUCCUGUUGAUACCCCAUCAUCCCAUUCCCGGUCCUCAGCAUCGAACUACCACGCUCGUCGCGAACAAACAUACGUUCAACCGUCAACGUCUUGGGCCGCGCAGCAUGAGCUUUCUACCAGUCGUGCUGACCCUCUAUUCUACAAUGAACCAUGGUUCACUGAACCACAAGUGCCCAUGCGCCGACGGCGGGCCGUCGUGCCAUAUGAUACACCUAUUGCGAGCCAAUCGUACGGACUGCAGGCCCACUACAAUGGUCCAACUUUGCCUUCGGCAUUGGAUGGUCUUGGCUCUGGGAAGGCCAACACAUCCGGACCGCAACCUCACAUCAAACAUGAGGGGGUAGACGAAGGCUCGCUCAGUUAUUAUUUCGGGACUCCAUUCUCAUACAUACCUCACGAGGAUCGUUCAGCUGUAACAGCACCCAACGUCCAGACCGAGGAGGACGAUCUAGGACUCCAUGCGGUGAAUACGUACCGUCAUAUUAUCCUUCGGGUAUACUGCCAUACCAACACGAGAUUAGAAGGCCGGCUAUCUAGCCCCGAGACCCACGUCCGGAUAUGCGAGGACAUCCGAAGGCCACGCACCAGCAAACGACAGAUACGCGAGGUGUCCUUCUCGACGCGCUGUCAUCUUGAGCGUUAG